UUCCCUUUAUGUUUUAGCAGUUUUGGUGUCGUUUUGAAUACCUUAGUUCAACUCCCACAAAAAUCAUAAUAUAGGGCCUUUGGCGAGUUUAACACAAAAUUGGCCGUCGACAAGUUUUCACAUUAUAGAGAGAGAAAAAGCUUCAGAGAGAGAGAGAGAUAAUCAAGUAUGGCCAACGCAGAUGUUGAAGCGGUCGAUUUCGAACCCGAAGAUGACGACCUCAUGGACGAGGACGGUGCCCCAGACGCCGACGCCGCCGCUUCUCCUCAUGCCCCUCUUCCUAAGCUCAAGUCCGCCAUAACUGGCGGCGGUGCCUCAUCUUCACUCUCCCAAAAGAAGACCAAGGGAAGAGGUUUCCGGGAGGAUCCCAACGCCGACCGCAACAGCCGUUUAACUGGCGCCGAUUUUGACUCCCUUAAGUCCUCCGACGGCCUAGAGCCCCAGCGCUCAAUUGAAGGUUGGAUUAUUCUGGUAACCGGAGUGCAUGAGGAGGCACAAGAGGAUGAUCUACAGAAUUCGUUUGGCGAGUUUGGGGAAAUCAAGAAUUUGCAUUUGAAUCUUGAUCGUCGUACUGGUUUUGUUAAGGGAUAUGCACUUAUUGAGUAUGAGAGUUUCGAGGAAGCACAAGCUGCUAUAGCUGGAAUGAAUGGAGCUGAACUUCUCACCCAGACUGUGAGUGUGGACUGGGCCUUCAGCAAUGGCUCCUUCCUUGAUGGACCUAACAAGAAGAAAAAUAUAAGGCCUCCACGAGAGCGUCGCUCAAGGAGUCCCAGGAGAAGAUACUGAUUUGGUUUAUGCUCAGUUGUGAGGGAGAGUGAAUUCUCAAGGAAGAGGGGGGUUUAAUGUCUGUAUUAUUUGAGUUCCAGAUGUUCUAGUCACUGCUUGCAAUUCACCCGUUUUAUGGCUUCCCUCUUUGUUCUUCAAGGAUUCCCCUCACUUUACCCAUAUUAUAAAAUGGUUCAAGUAAUGAGUUCCGUAGUGAAUUGUUUUCUAUUAACUUGGGGAUGCUUUUCAUGGUGUGAUUCUGAUUUGAAGACACUAGUAAAGAUGAAUGAUGAUUUUGUAAGAUUGAUGUAGUUUUUAUGCUAACUUUAUUUCUUAAGGACUUUUUCUCCAUUUUCCAUAGCUUUUAUACAGAUCAUAUACAUAUUGCGAAGGCUAUCGAUUUUCAGUGUACUCCAUUGUAAAACCCUGUCACUGUUUCUUGGUUUUUUCUUUUCAAAUUUUUUAUUUUAUGUAAUUGAGUU